GUCACAGCGUGUCUGGCUUCACUCAUCACCUGAGACACUUGCUAUCUGUUCACAUCACACCAGAGGCGGCACUCAGUCAGUCAGCAGCGAGCCUCCGCUGUUCCUGCGCCGCAGUCUGGACUCUCUGCUCCGCGUGAAGAUGUUCAGGAGCACAUUUGAAGACGGAUAAAGAUCCAAAAAAAAGCUCAGGAGGCGAAAAACUUAUAUGAUAUGAUGCUGGGAUGUGACGCUUCGGUGAACCCUGGCAAACAGAUUUAUUUCAGACCGUUACUGGCGACUCAUGGCGACAAUGUUCCAGUCUUGGUCCCUUCUCAUCGCCGUCGCUGUGCUGGCUGUGCAGCUUUGCACUGGUCAGAGAUCCUGCGACAUCAGGUCCACUGCUGGAUCUGCGGUGCAGUGGGGUUCCAAUUUCACAGUGUACUGCACCUUUAACUGCAAGUGCGAGGGAUCCAUGUUCUGCGACAGUCCUCCCACACAACAGAAGCACGAGAAGUUCAAUUCUACAACUAUAUAUUUUAAUGUGGUGAACAUAACAAAGACCAGAACGUACAGCUGCCACUGUGCGUGCUCCCCUCCACGGGACCCCUGUGGGCUGGACAUCUCAGCUGGAUACCCACCAGAUCACCCAAAAAACUUUAAAUGUGACUACAAAGUCAUAACGAACGACAGUGGAGAUUUGGUCUGCACUUGGAACAGAGAACGGGACACUCUGCUUUGGACUAGAUCGGUGCUACGCGUGAGAACUGUAACUGGAAACCACACAGGUGAACUACACCGCGUCUCCAGUGAAGGAACUGAGUCACUGUCAGCUAGCUUCGCUGUGUCCAGAUCUGUCCAGCUCCUCUCAGUGUGGGUUGAAACCCAGAAUUCGCUGGGCUCUGUGGAGUCCCCGACCGUUAACUACACACUCAGUGAUAUUGCGAUGCCACCAGCUCCGGUUCUGGUCCAGCCCGAGUGCUCCUCCAGGGAAUGUUUCAUCAAAGUAGAAGAGCCUGUGAGGACUCAACACGUGGAGAUCGAAUACACAGCUGAUCAACAAACAUGGACAACUUCUCCAGACUCAGUUGUGCAGAUGAGCUCAUCUCAGGUUCGGUCCGUCUCCUCUCUGGAGCCGUACAGGUUGUACCAUUUCAGAGCCAGAUCCAAAUUCAACACAGGUAACUGGAGUGAGUGGAGCGCUAACAUCUCCAGCUGGACUCAGGAGGAAGCUCCAGCAGAAGAGCUGGAUGUUUGGUUCACCGAAGACUUUAAAUCCAGGAGAGUUUACUGGAAGGAGCCAGACGUGUCCAUCUCCAGAGGGAAAAUCAUAGCGUAUAAAGUCAGCGUUAAAAGCCCAAACUCAAGGGUUGUGCGUAAUAUCAGCGCUGAUACCAGGAGUUAUUCAGUCCCGUUCCGUGCUGACUGUGAAGUGACAGUGUGGGCUUGCAACUCCAAAGGACUGUCGCCUCCUGCCAGGAUAACAACCCGUCACACAAAAGUCAAGCACGCUCAGGAGGUGCAUGUAUCGGCAGGAAACUACAGCAUCGCCAUCUCCUGGAGGAAACCCAAAACUGCACCGCUGCUGCCGGCUGGUUAUGUUGUGGAGUGGUACCCAGAGGGCCACCAGCUGCAGGAGCUCAGAUGGCUCAAACUGGACAAGAACGACAACCAAACUGUCAUUUCAGGUAUUAAUGCAUUUGAGUGCUAUGAGGGAGCCGUGUCUGUUUUCUACAAUGACAGCUCAGUGAGUCGGACCAGGUUUAAAAGGAUCGCCACUUUGGAGUCAGCUCCAGCAGUUGGUCCACUGAUCGAAGAGAAGGUUAAGGGAAACGACGUGGAAAUUACCUGGAUGGAGCUUCCCAGAGGUCAACGCAGAGGCUGCAUCUCCACAUACAGCAUCUACUUAGAGAACAGCAGCGGACACCGAGAGCUCUACUCUGUAGCAUCACCAAAGAGGACAUAUACGAUCAAAGGCCUUUCUCCAGGAGCCUACAACCUGUGGAUGAGCGCUUCGACCGCCACAGGAGGAGAAGGCCCUGCAGGGAAUAAGGUCACGUUCUUCGUCGAAGAGGAAACUUCUUUUUCCCUCCUGCUGGUGUGUGGAGUCGUCUCCGUGAUGGCGCUGUUUCUCGUGUGUUUGUGCCAGAGUUCGGCGGUAAAACGGAGGUUCUACAAAUUUUUCCAGUGCUUGAUGCUGGAUGUUGUGCCAGAUCCUGCGAACAGCAAGUGGGCAAAAGAGUACAUACAAGACAAGGGCAGGAUGAGCCUCAUGCCUCAGCAGAGCAACUCCAAUUUCAGCAGCGAGGAAGAGGAGCCGAUCCUGGUGGACGUGGAGGAGCUGCCCAAGCAGAGCGGCGACGCCUCCUCACCUACAACCAUCUCCUUGCAGCUGCCUCCUCAGACCGGCCUGAGCCCUGAGACCGAUCCGGCCACGCUGCUGUAUCCUGUGACCACCUACAUCAAGAGCUUCUCCCACGACUCAGACAGCUCCGACCAGACGCAGACCUCUCUGGACACCAACUCAACCGUCGACUACAUCUCGUCACACGGGCCCGGAAACAUGGACGAGGAGGAUGAAGAGGAGGAGGAGGAUGAGCUCGUAGACAUGCAUUUCUUCCCCAGUCACAACAUCUUCAUGGAUUCACUGGAGUUUGGGGGGAAGCUGACUCUGGACGCAGUGAAAAUUGACUGCGGUGACUUCUUUCAGAACGCUUAGCUGAGAUAAAAACUACUUAGUAGAAGAAGAAGAGCGCUACUGAACAAAAGAGAACAGAAACAAUGACUGGAGGUGACGGUGGGCUUCAGCUUCACUUGUCUCUUUUGGAUCAAGCACGCAGCUGAGAUGUGCAUGAACUACCUCUGUGCUCACUGAAGUGAACCGUUCCUUUAUGCAGCAAUAACAUUUGAUUCAAAGGGUACUUCUUUUAUCUCAUGCAUUACAAUCGUUUUCUUUUCAGCCAUGGACACACUAAGAGCAUGACUAAAAAUGAACACAGCACAGGCUGCGAGAUGGAGAUAUUGUCAUUUCUGUCUGUCUGGAGUGAGGAAAUUAAAAAAAGGCUUCACCUGGUUCGUGGCAGCCCUGAAAAAUC